AUGGACCAAUCACUACAGGGAAAGGUUGCAUUUGUCACUGGUGGUAACGGCAUCAGUGGCUUUUCAAUUGUUGAGCAUCUGAUUCGCAGACCGAAAGACGAAUGGAGGAAAAUCGUGGUCACAUCCAGAAACCCUCUACCUAUGCCUUGGAUUGAUCCCCGAGUUGAGUUCGUAGCUGUUGAUUUCCUGGAUCCAGUCGGCCAGGUUGUUUCUAGAUUGAAGCCUGUCUGCUGCGAUGUCACGCAUGUAUUCUUUACAUCCUAUGUUCACAGUGAUAAUUUUAAGGAGCUUCCGGUCAAAAAUGUCCCCCUAUUUCGCAACUUUCUCGAUGCCGUGGUCGCAAUAUGCCCGACGUUGGAGCGAGUAUCCCUCCAGACAGGAGGCAAAUAUUACGGUGUGCACUUGGGACCUGUAAAGGCACCACUGGAGGAGUGGUUUCCCCGAUAUGAUGACCAGGGAUACAACUUCUACUAUAAUCAAGAGGACCGCCUCAAAGAGCUUCAGGCUCGUCAUAAAACGUGGUCUUUCAAUAUCAUUCGCCCCAAUGCGAUCAACGGCUUCGCGCCUCAUGCAAAUGGAAUGUCGGAGGUUCUGACCAUCAUUAUUUAUUUCUUGAUCUGUCGUGAGCUGAAUGAACCAGCUGUUUUCCCUGGAAAUGAGUAUUUCUGGAACUCUAUUGACGACAACUCGUAUGCUCCCAGCCUAGCGGAUUUGACCGUAUGGGCUGCCUCUCAGGCCCAUUGCAAAAAUGAGGUAUUUAACCAUACUAAUGGAGAUGUCUUUAUUUGGAAAUACAUAUGGCAAGACUUUGCUCGCUAUUUUGGGCUCGAGACGCCGGAGCCGAAAUUUAAAAAGGCCGCGGGUCAGGCAGAUACUUUGGCAUACGAAAUUGAUAUGAAAGAAUGGGCAACAGGCAAACGCUUGAUUUGGGAACAAAUUGUCUCGAAAUAUGGGGGCAAGACGGAGGCCUUUGACUGGGCAACCUGGGGAUUUUUCAACUGGGCUACAGGCAGAUCUUGGAUCACAGUGUCCUCUGUCCACAAAGCACGGAAAUUUGGAUGGACACGCAGUGAUAGAACCCUGGAUACAUGGAUCGAAACCUAUCGCUCAUUUGAGAAUUCCGGUGUCCUUCCUUCGCGUUCUGCAUUGCUGGGGGGUCACUAG